UUUUGACUAACCGCCACUUGGACAAUUUGCUGAGGAGGGAGGGAACGAGGCACCAUGUUGGAAAACCAUGAGGCAAUUUUGCUUCCCUCCAACUGCUCAUCGGAAUGACCCAACCACCUGCUGACUACCUCUCCGCUGCCAGCCCCUACAACUAUGAGCAACCCCUUCCCCCCGUGGCCCGGGCGAAUGCUGUCACCCAGGUGCCACCGGCCAAGAAGAUAACCUUCUACAAAAGUGGGGACCCUCAGUUUGGAGGCGUCAAGAUGGCCAUCAACCAACGUAGCUUUAAGAGCUUCAACGCUCUCAUGGAUGACCUCUCCCACAGGGUCCCCCUCCCGUUUGGAGUGCGGACCAUCACGACACCACGGGGGGUACACUGCAUCAGCACGCUGGACCAGCUGGAGGAUGGAGGCUGCUACCUGUGCUCUGACAAGAAGCAUGUCACACCCAUCAGCAUCGGUGCUGCUGGCCGGAGGGCAGGCCCCACAAGGAACAACCUUCCAGCCAGUGAUUUGAGAAGAGCAGCCCAAGAAGUCAAGCAUGAAGACAACUCAACAGCAUUGGCCCAACAGAGUCCAAGGAUACCCAAGAAGAUCACUCUAGUUAAGAAUGGAGACCUUACCAUUCGGCGGCCAAUUAUCCUCAACCGAAGAAAUGCCCGGAGCUUCAAAACUCUUUUGGACGAGAUCUCGGAGAUCAUGCAGUUCACGGUGAAGAAACUCUGCACAGUAGAUGGGAAGAGGAUCGACAGCAUGCAAGCUCUGCUGCGCUGCCCAAACGUGCUGGUCUGCAUGGGCCGGGAGCCAUUCAAGCCAAUCAUGAUGGAGAAUUCCAGGAAGCAUUCUUCGGAGAAACUGCCCACCUUGGCUUCACGAUCCAACAGCAACAUUGUUGGUGAAAACCAUGAAAUGAACUUUGGACUGGAAGCCAAGAAGAGUGUGAUUCACCCAAGAUCCUCCUUGAGCAACCGGUCCAUGAGGUUUUCUUUGUCAUCAGAAAAGUCCUACCCAAAUGGCCUCGUGACAUCACCAGAGAAUGGUGCCCCCUGUUCGAACAAUUGCCCGCACUCCAAAGCAGGGGACUUGGUCCGUUCCUUAGUCAAUGAUGACAUAGAAAAGAGGGUGCACGUGAACAAAGAUGGGAGCCUGUCAGUUGAGAUGAAGGUUCGCUUCCGUCUACUCAACAAUGAGACCCUCCAGUGGUCCACGCAGAUCAAGAAGUCCAGUCUGAUGAAUAAGAUGCCUUGCAAAGAGUCAGGUGCUGAGGAAGACCAUGGAAUAGAGCCCACAGAGACAAGUAACCCAGAGGUGAGUUCUGACGUGGAUGACUCAUUAUAUCCAUGUGAUGCUGACUCGUACAUCUCAAAGCUUGAAGAGUCUGAAAACGAGGCGAUUCAUUGCCACAAAUGUGGCAAGCCAUGCAGAGACUAUGACAUUUGGAAGAACCCCAUGCACACAUCUCAGAAAGAGGAGCCUGGUGUAAGGAACACGUGGUACACUCACUCUUCUUGCUCAAGCACUUCAUCGCACCAAAGGAUUGUCCGCAAAAAGGUCACCUCCGCAGACAGCAUCCGCACCUCAUCUAGUGGAGAGGAAUAUUCUGAGCAUGUUGUGCAGGAAUCCUCUUGUUAUUCAGAGACUGUAGAGAAUAGGGUGGAGUAUAGUACAGUAAAAAAAUGUGGUUGUCAACAAGACUGCAUCCAGACAAGCCAAAGGCAAUCACCUGAGAAUCCAGAAGAUGUCGCUUCUUUGGCCAAUUCACAAAAUGAAGACGCCACUGAUGAAAUCUCUGUACUGAGAGAAGAAGGGUGUGAGUGCCCAGGAAGCAGGACCGGAAGUAACAAAUCAAAAUCCUCCCAGUGUUCUGCAGAGAGCCAGAUACAAGUGUUUGAGGAAACCAGCAGUGUGGCAAGGAGCAUUUCAUCUUGUAGCAUCAGAAAAGUGGAAGUUGAAGAUGUUGUUGGCUGCUCCUCAUCUCCAAACAGCAUGUGCAGCAAAUCCAGUAAGCACAGCAUAGCUAGAAUAAAGGGCAGCCAGGAUGAGCUUUCAGAGAUUGAUCAAGAGAUCUCUUCAUUUUCCAGUGAGUCUUGCCAUAAGAAAGAAGCCACAGAGGAAGAAGCCGAAAAGGAAGAAGAGGAAGUCAGCGAUCAACAUUCCAUUUCUGAAAAUUUGGCAUCCAGUCAAUCAGUCAUGGAUGAAGUCAGUGAGUCUGGAAGAUGUUCUACAGAAAAGUCCUUCCAUUCCAAAGCUGGUGACGGAAACAGCAGAAGGAGUGACAGUGACGAAGUACACAUCUGCAGUGCUGCUUCAUCGUGCUCCAGAAUGUCAAAGAGAAGCCAGCGCAGCCAGAAUCACCUGGAGACAGGUUCCCAAGUGUCUGCUGGAUCCUCUAGGAGGUCCACCACAAAGAAAAAGAAGAUGAGAAGCUCUCUACAUGCAGAAGAUGAGAGGUCCAAUAGCAGAACCUCGUAUUACUCCAGAAGCUCACAUGAAGUGGAGAAAAGAGCCGCAGGAGGCCACUUGUCCCAGGACUCGAGUUCUCCUCGUUCGAAUGUGUCAUCUUUAAGUGAAGCAGCUGCACCUCCUGCUCAGGAAGAGAGUGCGAGCAGUGCUUCCAAGUGCUACAGCAAGUCCUCUCCGGGCAGCCAGAAGGGGAGCCAGAAAGAAGAAACCAGCAAUACCUCAUCGUUUUGCCCCAGCUCCUCAGAUGCGGAUGACAAAAAUGCAGACAAAAAUGCCGAAGUUAGUUCUCAGACGCAAUCUUCAAGACCGGGAAGUAUGUCAGAAUCCAUGUGCUCAAAAUGUGGCCAUGUGGUGGAAACCAGGAGCAAUGAUCUUCAGAGUGUUCAUUCAAGGAUCUCUUCCCAUUCUGAAGUGAAGAGUAAAUGUGCAGAGACAGAGGCAUCGGGAAGAAGUGGCAAUACUCACUCUCAAUCUGGCAUGGGGCAGUCUUCCAAGUCGAGGCAGAAGAAAACAAACAGCCUCCAUGCUGAUGCUGAAAAUUCUAGCCAAGCUUCAGCAUCAGAGUCUGCAUCAAAGUACAGUUUGCACUGCCCUGUUCCGCCGAAAGGGAGACCCAGCAACAGGAAAAGUCGAGCUGUGGUGCUGAAGAGGAAGCCCAAGGGCACUAGCAUGUGUACCGAAUCAGAGCCAACUGCAGACCCCGAGCAGAAAGAAACAGCCAAUUCACAAUCCCCUGAAAUGGACACAGCAUAUGGAGAAGGGAGCGGCUCUGAUGCACUGAAAGAGGAAGAAGGCUCCUGCCAAGAAAAGCGGGGAGGAGAAGCAGAGGCAGGAGAAGGUGAUGCUCCAGAAGGCGAAAAUGAAGUCAUCCCCUCUUCCCUCCCAAAUACUUCUCCGGAAGAAGUUGUGCAUGAGUGGCUGAGAAAUAUUCCUUCAGAAACGCUGCUGAUGAAAGAUGAGAUGCAGGAUGAUAGGGACGGCUCCGAGAGUGGUGCUGAAAUACCAAGCUGCUCCAACAACCAGGAAACAGAAGAGGAAACAGACGAAAAGAAAGAGGAGGCAGAAGAAUCGGAGAAGAAAGAGGAAGCAGCAGAUGAGGCAACUGAUGAGGGUGCCAAGGAGGAGGCUGCUGAGGAAGAAGCAAACAUGGAAGAUAAUGAGGAGAAUGCCUCUGUGGAGAUUUUGGAAGGGGCUGAAGGGGCUCAAGUCAACUAUUCAGUCAUCUCUAGCCAGAACAACCACAAAAAAGACUUGCCAAGCACCAUUCAGACUUCUGUGCAGAUCAUGAAAGCCCUGCUUGCUUCCAAGCAAGAAGCAAAACUGGACCGUUCGCAUAGUUUGCCUGAAGUGUCUCCCACCAUGGGGAGGAAACUCAGUAAUUCUGCCAAUAUCUUGAUCACAUGCCUUGCCAGCCUGCAACUCCUUGACGAGAAGCUAGACUCAUCAGACAAAUCAAAAUGCUUGAACAGGCCUAGAUACACAGAGCUCUUGAACAUUUUCCAGGCUCUCUGGUUUGGGUGCACGUCUGAAAACAGUGGCCCAAGUUCAAUCCACCAUGGAGAGGGCCAGGCAAAGGUGUCCUCUGGUUUCAAAGGCCAUAACUCAAAAGAUGGUGACCGCACACCCAUGUCCUCGUCAGGAGUUGAUGUGAGUAGCGGUGAUGGAGGCUCAGGAGAGGGAAGUGUGGCUGGUGCCCGGGAUUGUGCCUUAUCACCUGAGAAAACAGAUGAGGCCAAACCCACUGAAGAAGAGGCAAAGGAGGAAGAUGCUAAUGAGGAACAUCAAGAGGAGUAUUCUCAGCCUCCAACACCUUGCUCAACAGCUGAAGAAGGAGAAAAAGCAGAGUCUGCUGGAGAAGAAGAGGGGGCUGAAGCAAAUGAGAACCAGGGCAGUGAUGGUGAAAUUAAAGAGGAGGAAGAAAAAGAAAUUGCUGGAGAGGAUGAAGAGGUGGAAGGCAACAACAGCAAGCAAGAAGAUGAAAAUGCAGAAUGCGAAGAAACCAGUCCUGAAGCAGAUAAUGUUCAAGAGGAUGCCCAAGAGGAGAUGGUGGUUGAGGAAGAAGAAAAUAGUCCCAAUCAAGAGGAUGCUAAUGAAGCAUCUGAAGAGCCAAGCAACACUGAAGCUGAAGCUGACCCAAAUGCAAAUGAGGCUAACGAGGAAAGAGAGCCUGAAUCGAAUGCAGAAAUGCAGCUUGGGGGUGAGUCCAAAGCUGAUACAGAAUCUAGCAAAGUAGGCCUUUGCCAACCUACCAUUAAAACUUCUCCCAUGAUGACUCAACAAAGAUCCAUGGACCCUGACCCAGUUUGGGUGCUAAAACUUUUGAAGAAGAUUGAGAAGGAGUUUAUGACUCACUACGUCAGUGCCAUGAAUGAGUUCAAAGUGAAGUGGAACCUGCCGAACAGCAAUGAGGUGGACAUGAUGAUUGCAGAGUUGAAAGAAGAAGUGAGCAAGAGAAUCGAAAAGAGUGUUGAGAAGGAGCUAAGGAAAAUCAGGAGCAGGGCAGGCAAGAGGCUCCCCAGGCCUCCAGACCAUGAGCUGCAGCAUGAAUCUACCCUGCAAUCAGAAAACAGGAGACGGCGUUUAAAGAGUAUGCACAAAAUGUCCCUCUUCAGUGAGCAGACUAAGAACCAAAGCAAGCAGCUGGAGACCAGGGACCUAUCUUGUGACAUAGAUGAAGAUUUUAUUUUCAGUACAAUUAGAGAUGAUGUUAGUGAGCAACCUGAUGAAGAUGAGUAUUGCCCCUGUGAUGCCUGCAUCAGGAAGAAAAUGGCAGCCAAACCUGUACGAAACACAGUGGUGGUGGCACCCAAUGCCCCAGUUGUGAAGGCUUUUGACCUCCAGCAGAUCCUGAGGACACAGAAAGUCAAUGUUGCCAAAAGCAAAGCAGAAGAUGAUAUUGCUGAAGAGGCUGAUGAAGAAACCAUCCCAAGUGAGCCAGGAGAGGAGGCUGCUGAACCCGAAGAUAAUCAGGACAUGGAACUCAAUGAACAAGGAGAGCCUGAUGAAACCAAUGAGCAAGAACAGGAAGAGGAAGCAGAAGUCACUGAAGAGGAAGCAGAAGUACUUGCAGAGGGGGAGAUAGCAACUGAAGAUCAGAACUGUGAGGAAGAAGCCAGGAAUGGAGAAAUAGAGGAGGAAGAAAAAGAGGAAGCUGAGGAAGAAGAACAAGAGGAUGAAGAAGUUGUGAAAGAGGAAGAUGAUGAAGCAAAGGCAGAGGAAGAAAAAGAGGAAGAAGUGGAAGAGGCAGAAGAAAAUGAGGAAGAGGCUAUGGAAGAAGAAGAGGAAGAAAAUGAGAAAGAGGAAGAAGAGGCAAAGGAGGAGGAGGAGGCUGUAAAAGAGGAAGAAGAAAAGGAGGAAAUAGAAGAGGAAGAAGCAAAGGAGGAUGACAGUGUAAAAGAGGUGGAAGAAGGAGAAGGAGAAGAAAAGGAGGAAAUAGAAAAGGAAGAAGCAGAGGAGGAAGUGGCAGAGGAAGAAGCAAAUGAAGAGGAUGAGAUUGUAAAUGAAGAAGAAAAGGAAGAAAUAGAAGAGGAAGAAGAAAAGGAGGAGGCAGUGGAAGAAGCAAAGGAGGAGGAAGAAUCUAUGAAAGGAGAAGAAAAUGAGGAAGAGGUAGAGGAAAAAGAAAGGGGAGAAGAAGAAGUGACAUCGGAAAAUAAUGAUCAGGAAGAGGAAGCCAAAAGUGAAGCAGAGGGGGAAAAGAAUGAAGAAGAAGAGGAGAUUGCUACAGAACAACAAGAAGAAACCCAACAGGAAGAUCAGGAAAAUGAGGAGGAACCUAUUAUGGAAGAUGAAACAGAUGGGACAGCAGAAGAACAAGAAACGGGUGAAGGAAAUAAUCAAGAAAAUGCUUCUGAAUGUGCAGAAAAUUUUGAUGAUGCUGAUGCUGUUGAGUUAUCUGAAGCAGAAGUUGCAGGAGCAGAUAAUGAAGUGGAGGAAGAGGCUCAGGCCAGUGGUGGAGAGGAGGCCAAGGAAGACACCAGCCCAGCAGCAGAGGACGAGGCAUGUUCAGAAGCAGCAGAAGUGGAAGGGGAGGGUGAAAAUGAGGAUGGUGGUGAUGCUGGAGGGAAUGAAGAAGGAGCUGAGGGAGAAGAGAGCAAUGGACCUGAGCAGAAUGAUGAAGAUGAAGAGCCAAGAGAAGCAGAAGAAGGUGAAACCAAUGAACACACAGAGACUCCCAGAAAAGGUUCUGCCUUCUCUUAUGUGUCUUCCAUGGGAAACUGUUCUCAGCAAUCCCAAAAAGGCUCUGAUGAUGGGAGUGACACAGAAGACUGCAAAGAUGAGAAGAAUCUUAACAACAAUGGUGAUGGUGACGGCGAUGGGGACAAUGAAAGUAAAACCAACUCGGAGAGCAAACCUGCAAAGAUGUAUCCUGAUAGUGAGGAGGAGGAGGAAGAGGAAGAGGAAGAGGAGGGUGACAAAGCAUCCUCUCAGUCAAGUGCUGCAAAGGGAGAUAAACCCCAAACCAACAAAAAUAAAGGCAGCAGCAGCAGCCACCAGGCCACUAAAAUGAAGAAUAAGGCGGAUGCAGAGGCAAUUGAUCAAGAUGAUCUGGACUUCUAGAAUAGCCCCUCAAAGAUGCUGGGGAUCUUUCUAGAUACAUUUUAUCCCAGUUUUUGUUCCAGUGUUGACAUGUCAGACUUAAAAAAAAAAACACCUGACAGCAUAUAUAUUUCAGCGUGAAAUCUACAAACACAUUAUUGUGUCCAUUCUCAUUUCUGGAGGAUUGGCGCACUUGUACAACAGAGAUGUGUCAUAGCAAAAAAGUCAGUAUAUGAAUGUUUUUAUACAAAAAGAGAGUAUCAAAAUUGGGAAGCCUGUUGACUUCCAUGCAAAAUUAUCCUUUUGUAGUUAAUCUGCUUUCCAACUCCCAAGUUAUUUAGGCAUACGAUGGUGUACAAAGCUACGGACAUCUUGUAAUGUAGCAGUGGUCAUACUGGUGCAUGUUUUUGCCCAAGGAAAUGCAGCGGGAGGGAGCCAACUGGGCUUCUAAUUGCAAUUAGCAGAUGAAUAUUUCAUUGCAAUCAGUGUCUGACAUUUGGCAAUCAUGGCUCAUCCCGGGUGAAUUUUGUGACUGUCCAAAAACAUUGUAAUGCAUUCAAGGGAUGAUGAGAGUCACUGAAAUGAAAUUGUUCACUAGUGCUACAUCUGGGAAAUGAGUGUGUAUGUGUAUGUCUGACACAGGUGAAUUCUGACAUUCACAAAAUCUAUCCCAAUUAUUGUCAUAUGUGAAUACCAACAUUCAUCAGAUUUCACUCAGACAUUCGCGUCAAGUGGCCAUUCUUACAAUACAGUACAGAGCAGGACUGGGCUUGGAAUGAUGAUAGCUGGAGUUCAACAAAAGCUUGAGGGCCAAGUUGGCCCACCCCUAAUACAGAGAUACUA